UUGCCAGUCGCAGCCGCCAUCGUAAAACACCAUCGUACGCCGAUCUUGUCGGUUUGCAAUUCAAUCAUCUUUCCAUCGGAUUACCGAUGGCGUGCGUUUCUUAGCUUUCUACAGAGAAGCAAUAGUUGUAGUAUUAACCAAGUUUGAUAUUUUCGUGUGUGUGAGUGUGUGCAAACAAUGGCCGAAGUUCCGUCGCCGAAAAUGGAAGAAAGCUUCUGGCGUGGGGUGGUGCUGCGAUGGGUGGAACGUUCCGGCCUGAACCCCGGCCAGGAUUACAUCGAUCUAGCCGCCUGCUACGACAGCUUCCGCAGCAAGCUGAAGGGCGCGUACGAGCUGCAGGAAGCGACCGUCGCGGAGUUUAUGCGUGCCAAGUUUCCGCGCUUCGAGCUGCGGUUGGGCCCGGGCGGCGAGAUUCCCGAGAGCGAGUACGUGUACGUCUUCUCGCUGAUGCUUUACUUCUCCUGCAUCAAGCACCCGGUGCCGUACUUUCAGAACAUUGGCAAAGAGUUCGACGAACCGUUCCAGUACAGCAUGAAAGCGUUUCUCCACUCGUUCGUGUCGGAGGGCAGCAAGGAAAUGCGCAUCGAUCGUGCGUUUCUGGAGCGAGCGUUCGGGAACGCAGCACGAUCGGCGCCCUCCUGCCGGGCGGAUGCCGGGUCCAGCGCUACCCUCUGCCAAAGCGCGGUACAAAUGAUCACCAGCACGCCGAACGGCAAGCGCGAGAUGAAGAAACCGUCCCCGGUGACGCCCAAAAGUGUGGCGCUCGAGUGGAAGGUGAAGAAUCUGUCCGAGCUGCUCGUAACGGCCCGCGCCGAAAACACCAGCCAGGAGAGGCAGAUCGAGCAGCUGCUCCAGAGCGUGCAGGAGCUGCAGGAGGAGAAGCGGCGCAAUCUGUCGAAAAUCAGCGCGCUCGAGCUGAAGGAAGCGUGCGUGUGCAUGAGCGACGCGGUGGACUAUCUGGCGCAUCCGCUGAGCCGGGCGACCGAGCAGCUGCAGAAGCAGCUCGAAUCGAAGAACCGCUCCAUCGAGGCGCUGGAGGAGGAGCUGAGCAGGGCGAAGGAGACGGCCAGCACGGAGAUGGAGCGGUACCGGGCGAUGAAGAAGCAGUACGCCACGCUCGAGGAGGAAAAUCAGCUGAUGAAGCUGACGGCCGAGGCGCUGAGGGAGGAGCUGGCCGCGAAGGACGGCGUCAAUCAAAACCUAGCGGAAGCGGUGAACGAUUUGCGGCGCUUCAUCAGGGAAAACCACUUGACCAACGGGCAUCCGAUGGAGCCGCUGGAAAGUUCGUUCGAGUUUUUGGACCGAUCGUUUAAAAAUGUAACCCCGGGCAAUGAUAGCCUGUGCAACGAUGCAGAAACGCUGGCGGCGACGGUUGUGGACGUGAAGCUAAAGGAGAAGGAGCAGGAGGUACAAGAGCUGGAACGGCGAUGGGAGGAGCAGUGUAAGGCACACGCGCAGGAACUUGCGCGGAUGCAAACGGAGGCACAGCGGCUGGCCCAAACACUUGAAGCAUGCGAGCAGGCCAAAGCGCAGCUCGAGGAUCAUCUGGAAAAGGAAAGGGCCACGACAAACGAACUGAACGCUUGGAAGGUACAGCUGAACCAGCAGUUAGCAGAUGCAAAGGUUUUAAUGGAUAAGAAGGUGGCCGAGCAGCGAGAAUCAUUAGGACACGCGUUGGAACAAGCUAAAGCGGAACUCGUAGACCAGCUGCUAAAGUACCAGACCAUUAUGGAAGAGCUAGAAAACGAGAAGAAACAAUUGAUAAAGCAGCGUGAAGAGAUAAAGGCUUCGUUGAGCGCGGAGAACGCUGAGCUCCGUCGAUCAUUAGAAGCGUUCGAGCAGAACAAAACACAACUUGCAGCUAGUUUGAAAAUGGAACGGGCUUUGGUAGAGGAUCUGACUCGUCGUAAUCAGGAGCUGGAGGCCCAGAAGAUCCAGCUGAAAGAAGAGUUUGAAACUUCGAAGGCCUCAACGGAUGCGAAGAUUGCGGCUCUACUGCAAUCGUUGGACGCAAACGAACAAACCAAAGCUCAGCUUGCCGACAAUCUGGAAAGGGAAAUGUCAAAGACGCGGAACCUAACUAGUAGGAAUACGGAGCUAGAUGUCGUCAAGAAACAACUGACGGAAGAGCUUGAGUUGGUCAAGAAGUCCAUGCAUGAGAGCAAUGCAGAAUUGCAACGAUCGCUAGAAGCGUUGGGACAUACCAAAACACAACUUGCUGACAAUCUCGAACAGGAAAUGGCUAAGACUGCUGAUCUGAACCGUCGGACGGAAGAGCUGGAAGUUGAGAAGAAGCAACUGAUGCAGGAGCUUGAAGUUGCUAAAACAUCGAUGAGUGAGAACAUCGCCGAACUCCAACGAUCUUUGGAAGCGAUCGAACAAACGAAAAAGCAACUCGCAGAUAAUCUGGAGAAGGAAAUCGCUAAGACAGCUGAUCUGAACCGUCGGACGGAGGAGCUGGAAGUCGAGAAGAAGCAGCUGACGCAGGAGCUUGAAGUUGUAAAAUCAUCGGGAAGUGAGAACAUCGCCGAACUCCAACGAUCUUUGGAAGCGAUCGAACAAACGAAAAAGCAACUCGCAGAUAAUCUGGAAAAGGAAAUCGCCAAGACAGCUGAUUUGAACCGUCGGACGGAGGAGCUUGAAGUUGAGAAGAAGCAGCUGACGCAGGAGCUUGAAGUUUCAAAAUCAUCGGGAAGUGAAAAUAUCGCCGAACUCCAACGAUCUUUGGAGGCGAUCGAACAAACGAAAAAGCAACUCGCAGAUAAUCUGGAAAAGGAAAUCGCCAAGACAGCUGAUUUGAACCGUCGGACGGAGGAGCUGGAAGUUGAGAAGAAGCAGCUGACGCAGGAGCUUGAAGUUGCUAAAACAUCGAUGAAUGAGAACAACGCCGAACUCCAAAGAUCUUUGGAGGCGAUCGAUCAAACGAAAAAGCAACUCGCAAGUAAUCUGGAAAAGGAAAUCGCUAAAACUGCUGAUCUGAACCGUCGGACGGAGGAGCUGGAAGUUGAGAAGAAGCAGCUGAUGCAGGAGCUUGAAGUUGCUAAAACAUCGAUGAGUGAGAACAUCGCCGAACUCCAACGAUCUUUGGAAGCGAUCGAACAAACGAAAAAGCAACUCGCAGAUAAUCUGAAGAAGGAAAUCGCUAAGACAGCUGAUCUGAACCGUCGGACGGAGGAGCUUGAAGUCGAGAAGAAGCAGCUGACGCAGGAGCUUGAAGUUGCAAAAUCAUCGGGAAGUGAAAACAUCGCCGAACUCCAACGAUCUUUGGAAGCGAUCGAACAAACGAAAAAGCAACUCGCAGAUAAUCUGGAGAAGGAAAUCGCUAAGACAGCUGAUUUGAACCGUCGGACGGAGGAGCUUGAAGUCGAGAAGAAGCAGCUGACGCAGGAGCUUGAAGUUGCUAAAACAUCGAUGAGUGAGAACAUCACCGAACUCCAACGAUCUUUGGAAGCGAUCGAACAAACGAAAAAGCAACUCGCAGAUAAUCUGGAGAAGGAAAUCGCUAAGACAGCUGAUUUGAACCGUCGGACGGAGGAGCUUGAAGUCGAGAAGAAGCAGCUGACGCAGGAGCUUGAAGUUGCUAAAACAUCGAUGAGUGAGAACAUCGCCGAACUCCAACGAUCUUUGGAAGCGAUCGAACAAACGAAAAAGCAACUCGCAGAUAAUCUGGAAAAGGAAAUCGCCAAGACAGCUGAUUUGAACCGUCGGACGGAGGAGCUUGAAGUUGAGAAGAAGCAGCUGACGCAGGAGCUUGAAGUUUCAAAAUCAUCGGGAAGUGAAAAUAUCGCCGAACUCCAACGAUCUUUGGAGGCGAUCGAACAAACGAAAAAGCAACUCGCAGAUAAUCUGGAAAAGGAAAUCGCCAAGACAGCUGAUUUGAACCGUCGGACGGAGGAGCUGGAAGUUGAGAAGAAGCAACUGAUGCAGGAGCUUGAAGUUGCUAAAACAUCGAUGAGUGAGAACAUCGCCGAACUCCAACGAUCUUUGGAAGCGAUCGAACAAACGAAAAAGCAACUCGCAGAUAAUCUGGAGAAGGAAAUCGCUAAGACAGCUGAUCUGAACCGUCGGACGGAGGAGCUUGAAGUCGAGAAGAAGCAGCUGACGCAGGAGCUUGAAGUUGCAAAAUCAUCGGGAAGUGAAAACAUCGCCGAACUCCAACGAUCUUUGGAAGCGAUCGAACAAACGAAAAAGCAACUCGCAGAUAAUCUGGAGAAGGAAAUCGCUAAGACAGCUGAUUUGAACCGUCGGACGGAGGAGCUUGAAGUCGAGAAGAAGCAGCUGACGCAGGAGCUUGAAGUUGCUAAAACAUCGAUGAGUGAGAACAUCGCCGAACUCCAACGAUCUUUGGAAGCGAUCGAACAAACGAAAAAGCAACUCGCAGAUUAUCUGGAAAAGGAAAUCGCCAAGACAGCUGAUUUGAACCGUCGGACGGAGGAGCUUGAAGUUGAGAAGAAGCAGCUGACGCAGGACCUUGAUGAUAUGAAGGCUACGAAUGCAGCGCUGCGUCAAUCGGUAGAAGUGCUCGAGCUAACCAAAACGCAAAUCACGAACAGCUUAGAACUGGAAUUGGUUAAAAUCGGGGAUCUGCAGCAUCAACUUAAGGCAAUGGACGAGGCGAAGACUCUGGCGGAAAAGCUUGGCGACAGUGAGCGGUCGGAAAUGCUUGCGAAAAUAUCGCUACUGCAGCAGAACCUGGAGGAAGAGAGAGAAAAAUCGGAGGAAAUCAAUUGUCAAUACUUAGCAAUGAAACUGCAGGCCGACGAUCUAGAUGCGCAGUGCACAAAGCUGAUGAAAUCGUUGUCGGAAAAUCGGACGGAAGUGUCCGAUCUGCAACAGCAGCUUGCGGGCAAGACAGCGGAACUUGAGCAGCUGAACUUGCAGUACGAAACGAAACAGUCUCAAAAGGCAAAGGAAGAGGAUCUGGACCGUCUGGCGAUCGAAAAUGAAAAGAUCAGCCUACAGCAAGAGGUCGCGCGUUUACAAGCGGCGAUGGACGAGCAGACGGACACGCUGCGCCGAUCGCUCGAGAGCGCCCAGGAAGCGAAAUCGCAGCUCGCCCACGAUCUCGAAAAGGAAAGACAAAGGGCGGUAGGCCAGCAAGCGGAAACGGCCGACAAGCUAGCCGUGCUGCAGCAGCAGCUCGACGUGGAACGGCAAAAGUGCGAAGAGCUCAACCGGCAGUACCUGGCAGCGAAACGGCAGGCGGAAGAGCAGACCGCAAAGUGCACCGAGCAGGCGCAGAAGUUGUCCGACGAUGGUGGCCAGCUGCCCAGCCUGCAGCAGGAGAUUGUCGCGAAGCAGGAGCAGCUGGAAACGCUGAAGGCACAGUACGAUAAGGUACUGGCCGAGAACGAGAAGUACCUCAAGGAUUGUGAAAUAUUGUCGGUGAAGCUGUACUGUGCGCGGAAGAAUCACACCGACAUGGAAGCGGAAUGGGCCCAGAAGUGUGCCGCCCUAAAGAAGGAGCUGCACGAAAAGCUGCACGAGGCGCGGAUCGAGCACCAGAACACCAUGGAGAAGAUGAAGAAUCACAUGGUAAAGCUACACGAAGAAUCGAAAACAAAGCUAGAACACGACAAACAGGGACUGGCAGCAACGGCGGAAGGCUACCGCAGAAAGAUUGAAAUCUUGGAAACGCGCUGCACCAUGCUGCAGAAGCAGCUGGCCGAAAUGAACGAACGUAAUCUGGAAACGCGCAAGGAGAACCAGCUGCUGCAGCUCAGGCUGAAAACGAUCGAGGAGCACCAGGGCAGCGAUCGAAAGUCGCUAAUGCUGCCCUCGCAGUCCAGCCUUCGCUCCAAUCUGCAGAUGGAGGAUGAAGUGGGCGAACUGUUCGAUAACAUGUAUCUGACCGAGCUGAAGAAUGGGCGCUGUACGCCGCCCGAUGCGAUGCACGCCGACUUCGACCGCUACUCCGAGCUGUCCCGGCGCAACUCGAGGCAGCCGCCGCACCUCCGCACCAACUACAUGGCCCUCGCACCGGACUGUAUACCGCCGCAGGAUGACACUGGGGAUAACAUUUCGACCACGUUCGACGACAGCUCCACCGGGCUGAUAACGCGCCGAAAGGUUAGCGGCAUCACCUCGUACAAGCGGCCCGGCCCGCCGACGCCGAGCAAGCGGGCCGGCCGCCUCUCGCUCAACGGUCCGCUCAUGCCGGGCCCGGCCGAGGUGCAGUACCGGGAUGCGUUGCGGGACACGAACGCGAAUGGUGCGGCCGCGCAGGACGCAUCGGCGGCCCGGACCGGGCGGACGAAGACGCCCGGCAAGUUCAAGCAGAUGAUGAGUGCGUCCAGCCUGCUGAGCAACUUCCAGCCGCGCGAUGAGAACACCUCACCGAGGCGACGGCUCAGCUGGUUUAACAAAGGCAAAAAGUAUUGAGCAGUGUGAACCAAGCAAACCCCUCCCCAUUCACAACGGGUGCAAUUUCAACAAAUUUCCGUCGCUGUUUCGGUCCUGCUGUGCUAGGAGAGUUGAUUCACAAAAAAAGCAGUUAUAUUGUUGCACGGUUAAUCGUUUAGGACACACGGGAGCGAUACCACAGGGCCGGAAUUGUUAGGCAAGUUAAUUUAACUUUAGUUAGUAGGCAGUGUGCAGUUUACUAUUAGUCCACGGCGCGGUAGAAAGGGAUGAUUUUUUUUAAUUCUGUUUAAAGGGCAUAACAUUAAUAAAUAACGCAAUAUAUAUCAUUGAUGUGUUCCAA